ACUUAUUAAAUAGAUAUUUAUCUUCAGUUUUUGCUAGAAUGCAGUUUUUUUGAUGCCACUGAGUUGCUAAAUUGUCUGCAAAAUGGGAUGUGUAUCAAGCAAUGAAGUAAAAGAAAGUGAUCCGCCAAUUGAGAAGGCGGAAACGAACAACGUCCAAAGCAUUCCCAAAAUAGAGAUUAACGGGCCAUCGAAAUCAACUAGUAAAGAGAAUGGAAUUGCAAAUCACAACGCAAAACCCCCUCUACAUUCCCCUGAAAAAGCGCAAGAAGAGCCACAGACUCCCCAGAAACAACCAGCCACCCCUAAAAACACAGAAAAAGCCCCUCUAUUCCCUCACAUCUCACCUUGUAGACCGCAAUUCAAUUACAAGAGAGAUGUAGCGCUCUCUCCUCGCUCGAGUAAAUACCUGAAUGAUAGUUCGAUAACGCAAAAUGGAGCUGCUGGAGAUCUAAGUUUGGAUACUUCCACAUGGAAUGGUGAACAUACUGGCGAAAACGAUGAGAGAGGCGCUGCUGCAGAUCAUGCUGAAGAAAUUAGAAAAUACAAAGGUGACCCCACUACUCCAGUUAAAGACCGACAGGAUGCACAUGACAAAGACUCUGGAGUCGCGGUAGACGAUGUGCAUCCCGUGUUGAAGGGCGGUAACAUUGAACAGCAUGUGGAUAAUCAUGAGCCUGAAGUGAACAGUGGUGGUGACGCAGUGUCGUCGGUUGCUCAGAAGGGAACGGGAGAGGGCGAAGGGAAAAAGGAAGAUAGAAGUGCAAUUUUGGCACAGUUUUUGGCCCAACAGACUUUGCCUGAGGCGGGCUCAUCGGACGAAGAGGACUCUUCAUUCCACUUUGCGCCCAAAGACCAUUUCGAUGAUGACCAGACAGACGACGAACCCAUCGCCAACAAAGAACAGCCCAAACACCCACUGGUGACCUCGGACGAUAAACCCGCAAGCAUUGACGAUAAUAAAAAAGGCAAGUGUGCCGUGGACAAGUAUUAUGGGGAGGAUGGGAAGGAGGUUGCUUUCGACGCAGAUGACAGAAAAAAAUUGAACGAAUUGCUGAAUGAAAUAGAAAAGAUAGCCGAGAGGGAAGGACGAUUUGAGAAAAAUUAAUUCUUCCCAAGAUCUUUUCGAAAAUGCCCCGCCUGCGAAGAGCUGAAGAGACUUUUUCAAGGAAACGGACCGGACAAAAACAGCCUCUCUGACCUUCGGAAAACAUAAUUUAAUCAUUCAAAGAUUUUGUUGUUUGGUUGGCUGCGUGCCGUAAAUAUCUUUCAUUUAGUUCAAUCAUUCAUAGCUCAAUAAAUUAUCAAAUUUUAAUGUACAUUUGCUUAGAGUUUCUAAUAGUUUUUGUUCAUCAAGAGUUAUUUGACUGGGAGAUAAUAUUGUUUUUUUUUUAUUUUAA